AUGCAGUUCGGAAUUCUCAAUUUUAGAACAUGUACUUUCGGCAUUGAGGGCAAAGGUCGUAAAGGAAAUGUCGACGAAUAUGUCGGGGCCCAGGACGUCGUCGAUAUUAUCCGAUACACUUCGAAGCACUGGGGCCACGGAACCGGUAAAAUGCAGGGCAAGGGAGUCAUGCAGUGCGAUGGUAACAUCAAGAUACGGGCCUGA